AUGAACGAUAGCAGUAUGUCGACAUUCGAAGCUCUCCCACAAGAGAUCGUCAUCGACAUAGGCGAGAUGUGUGCCUGGCCAGCCUCAUCUGAGGAACCGCCCCCUUCGAAGCACCUAGCUGCGCUAAUCCGUACAAGUCGGUGGCUAUACAAUUUACUCAACGCAACUCUGUAUCGAAAGAAUCUCAAACAAGACGAGCCACUCAAUUCGUGCGUCCUCUGGGCUGCUGAAAAUGGCCGCCUGGACACCAUCAAAAUGGCGGUCAGUUUUGGCGCGGAUCUCAAUGCGGAUGUCAAUGUUUCCGCGGCCGACGACGACGGUUGGAUGCCACUGCACAUGGCAGCAUUUUUAGGCGAGUCUGACCUUUUAAGGCUGCUCUUGGCUCAGCCCGGGGUUAAUGCCACAUACAAGACGAUCUACGGCGACACGCCACUGUCCCUCGCCAUAGAUAGAUGCCAUCUUCACUGCGCGAGGCUCUUGCUGGAACGCCCCGAGUAUAAUCUGAAAGACCUCGAAAAGAAUGGGCGUACAAUGCUUCAUAUCCUCUGUGAGAAAACGGAAGACGAAAGCGAUAGCACGUUGGACUUCAUUUGUUCUCUCAUUGAACGUGGUUGUCCAUUAGAUGCCGAACUUGACGACAGGCGCAUCGCUUUAGAUAUUGCCAUUGGAAGAAAGAAGACGAAGAUUGCUAGGCUCCUCCGCAGUUACACAAUCAUCUCAGGAUUUGGACAUGGGUCGUCACAGACA